AUGGCAGAAUCCUCCAGCGAUUCAGACCACUUCUGCUCUCGUGACCGAUUGAGUCGAUGGGCUGCCAGUUCAGUACACAGGGAAGUUCGACAUCGUCCUGCUGUGGGUGUCACGGAGAAGGUCAACACGAUCACCAGUACUUUACAGGACACCAGUCGGAACCUGCGACAAAUCGACCAGAUGCUUGGACAUUAUCGAGAAUAUAGUAAUGGCCAGGCGGGGGCUAUAGAACAUUUAAAAGAAAGCUUGGAACAAUCGAUAGGCCAAUUGCGGAGUCAACGCUUGUCGAGAAACUUAGGAGGGAGAAGUAUUUCUGUUACAAGUCUGAGUACAAGUGACCUCGAUGGUGGCACUGUGACAGAGAGCUACCGCUUUCAACCUACCUCGCCUCUCAAGGACUAUGGGGAUCAACAGGGUAUUAAACGAAAUAAGUCCAGACCUGGUGUCCGAUUUGUUCCGGACACUGAUGACGUGGGCCAGUUUCAUGCUUUUCAUCAGUCCCUCCGAGACCUCAGCAGUGAACAAGUUCGCCUUGGAGAUGAUUUCAACCGGGAACUUGCCAGAAGAAGCCAGUCGGAUGCUGCAACAAGAAGGGCUUUGGAAGAACUGACUGAAAAACUUAAUGAAGCCCAAAAACAAGAUGUGGUUUCAGAUCGAGUGGAGCGGCGGCUUCAGGAAAUAGAGAAAGAGAUGCGAACAGAAAGAGAGCUGGUGGAAAGACAGCAGGAUCAACUGGGACUUAUUUCUCAGCAGCUCCAGGAGGCGCUGAAGAAACACGAAGCUAAAGCAGAGGAGAAUGAAGAAGUGAAGCGUAAGCUGAGGCAGACGGAGAGUGAGGAGAGGAAAGUAAGAUUCUGA